UUUCCUUUCCCCUCUCCACAUCAGUUUAAGACGAAAGGCAGCCAAAUGUCAAGAGGAACUUCGUCAGCGUUGAUUGCGCUUUUACUUAUGGCUGUCCUAACUUCUAAAGCAUUUGAGGUGGAGGACAUUGUGCCAGGCCACCAAGUUGCCGCACAGAUCGGUGAAGACCUGGAGCUACGGUGCCGCACAACUGGCUGUGAUAGCCCCACGUUUUCCUGGAGGACCCAGCUUGACUUCCCGUUAGGUGCAAAUGUGAGCCAACAGGGAAGCAGCUCAGUCUUAACGAUGAAGGUUGGCUUUGAAAACGAGCAUGAAUAUCUCUGCAACACUAGAUGCGGGGAGGUCAGAAAACAACAGAGGGUGCAAAUUGACAUUUACUCAUUUCCCAGUGAUCCUGCUAUAGAGAUCAGCCAGCCACUUGUUCUCGGGGAACCAGCCACUAUCACCUGCCGUGUUCCUAAAGUGUAUCCUGCUGACCGGCUGGAGAUCUACUUGGAGAUAGAAGGGGAGGUUCCUCGGGUGACAGAUUUUUUCCGAGAACCCCUUAUCAAAUCUGUCGAGACAAAAAGUGCGAGUAUGACGUUUACUCCCAGUGAAGAAGAUAAUGGGAGAAAAAUCACAUGCAGAGCUAAACUGCCAAUUGAUGAGAUGGAGUUUGAGCCCAAGGAGAGGAAAACAACACAAAUACUGCAGGUUAACUAUGCCCCCAGACUUCCGGACUUCUCCAUCCUUCCUGCCGCGUCAGUUAAGGAAGGAGAAACUGUUACUUUGCAGUGCUUUGCAAAGGGCAACCCUGCUGCCAAGGUCACCAUAAGGAAGAAAUCAACCAGUGAAGAAGUGGUCCUUGAUGGCAAGGAUGGAGUCGUCCACAUUGCUAGAGCGACUCCUGAUGAUGCAGGAGAUUACGAAUGUGAAGCAGAGAAUGAGUUUGGGAAAGUCAAAAGGGCAGAAACGCUAAGUGUGGAAUAUGGACCAAGGAAUACAAGGAUUGUCGCCGUCCCUUCUAGCACAGUGAAGGAAGGAGACACCAUAACUCUGACUUGUUCCACCAAUGGGAGUCCCACCCCUAAGGUUUUCUGGAAAAAGCAUCUUUUGGGCGGAGGCUCUCGGCUCGUUUUGGAAGGUGCUACUUUAACCAUAAAAGCCGUACAGGCAGAAGCUAUGGGACUUUAUGAGUGUGAAGCAGUUAACGCGGCUGGAAAAGAAAGCAGGACUGUGGAAAUAAUUGUUCAAGUCUUGUCACCCUCUACUCCAGAAAUGUCACAUUCUACUCCAGAAUUGUCUCCAACUGCUCCAGAAUUGUCACCCUCCACUAUUGAAUUGUCAACAACUGCUCCUGAAUUGUCACCCUCUUCUCCAGAAUUGUCACCCUCCACUCCAGAAUUAACACAUCGAAAUGAAGCCGUUACUGAGGUGGAAGAUUUCACCAUUAAGAGUACAACCUAUAAUACUCAACAUCAAGUGACUGACAGCAAAGGGGAUGAUCCGGAAAAGGAAACUUCCCUCGCCACAAACGGAAGAAUCUUUACAACAUAUACAGCAUCCAGAAACAAUACAAUCACGUACACAGUGAAAGUUGAUGAUGUUGGAAACAGUACAGAAGAGGACAAAAUAGUCAUAGACAGACUAGAUUACGUGACUCCUGUGAUCAUUGCUGUCUCUUCGUUAGCAACGGCAGCUGGGCCCAUGGCAGCCCUAUUGAUUUACAUUUUUCGAAAGGCAAAGAUCAACGGAUCCUACAGCCUGGUGAACUCCCUGAAACCAAAAGUAUAAACGGAGCAAGAGUAACCACACGUUUUCUGCAAGUUUAACAGGCGGAUAAUGUUGUGCGUUGCUUUGAUGAACUUCCUCAUCAUAACUUAAUGUGAUAAACUAAAAAUACGCACUUUUGUGAGAAUCACUGUGGUGUAGUUGUUAAAUGUGUUGGGCUAGGACUGGGGAGACCCAGGUUUUCCCUACACAGCCAUAAAUCUUGCUGGGCUCCCUGGGGUCAGUCACUCUCUCAAGCCAACCUACCUCGCAGGAUUGUUGUAGUGAGAAAAUGGGGAUGGGGCUAUGGGUGCUGUCCUGAGAUUCUUAGUGGAAGGACAAGGUAUCUGAAGAAGUGUGCAUGCACACGAAAGCUUAUACCAAGAACAAACUUAGUUGUUCUUUAAGGUGCCACUGGAUAUAUAUAUUGACUUCAUCAGACCAACACGCUACCUACCUGAAGGUUUUAAAAUGUGAUAGAUACAGCUUCACAUCUUUUGGUAGCUAAGUUAAGGGAUCCGUGGGCAAUGGCAGACCUUGGGGUUUCAGAUUUCAGCAGAGACACCAUAAUUCAGGACCUUUCAUUCUACAUCAUAGUUGUGGUGCCCCUGAGUUUCUGCACCCAGUGGAACUGAACCACUCGUGCUCCCCUAAAUCCACCUCUGUCUGCGGGGCAGACAUUACCUAUUAAUAAAAGGUCAAUCGCUUGCUUUCAAUCUGCCUCCACAGAAGGAAAUCCUGGAAGUUUUAGACCAUCCUUA